ACAAAAUUUCCAGUUUCAAAAUAUCAACCCAUCAACAGGCUGCAAUUCAAAGAAAGAACCCGCACAUAAAACCCGGCUCUGCAACCACUCAUCCUGAUCCUAAAUAUCGGACAUUGCGACACUUCAAGAUCUGUGCAGCGCUCCUCGACCUUCCUCCGCCUCACUCGUCGGCCCUCGCCCCUGAACCUUCACCAUGGGUUUGGACAAUGAAAAUCCUCUGAUACUGAGUGCUUCCGAGCUUCCCACACGCAAACAGAGACGCAAGAACAAAGAGGCAUCUUCGAAGCAGCAUAUAGUUAAGGAUCUGUUGAAUGCGAAGCUUUGCUCUGCGGACCCUUUCGACUUGUCAGACCUUUCUAACAGCGACUCUGAUGAUUCAGUGGAGCCGAUUGACGAAAUGGAAAUCUACGACCUUAUUGCCCCAAUUUCUGAUCCCGAACACCCUCUCUCACUGGAAUCUCUUGGGGUCGUCAAGCUUCAAGACGUGCAUCUUCUUUCUCCGAACGAUCUGACCAAUCCUGCGGCUCUCUCACGCGUUCUCGUCGAGUUGACCCCUACUGUUUCGCACUGUUCCCUCGCAACGGUCAUUGGUCUUGGCGUGCGUGUCCGUCUGGAACAAGCUCUACCCCCAAGUUAUCGGGUGGAGGUGAAGAUAAAGAAAAAUACCCAUAGUCAGGCAGAGGAGGUUAAUAAGCAAUUGGCCGACAAGGAACGUGUUGCGGCCGCUCUUGAGAACGAGAACCUCAUGAGCAUCUUGAGAACGAUGAUGAAGCCUUGCCUCGAGUGAGAGAUCUCCCCAUGUACAUAGCCUCGUCAUUCUUUCAGCAUAAGCGCGCGUUUGUCUUCCCCCCUGCAUUGUGGUUCACGAAAUACAGAGUUUGUGAACACGAACACCGCUGCACCACCGAUUAGUGCUAGUGCUUGGAUUUGGUGCUUGGAAUUAUCCACAGGUCGUUUUGACCACUGACUGUGGGACAGGCACCCUGGCUGCCGCAAUCGCCAUCCUGCUGCAGAGAGAAUAUUCCAUUCAUGCAGCUGGCCCUGCACCAUGUGUCUUCGUUAAACAACACGUCCUUGGCACAUUCCACUUUUUACUUAGUUGUAUUCUUCAGCGAUCGAGAUCGCCACACCCGUCGAUGGCCCUGAUUCCUAAAAAUGCCUCGAACAUGCAACUUUACCCGCAUUCAACGUCUUUUUUCAAAAUCUAAUGAAAUCAGCCAACUGCCGACACCCUAGAGUUCCGG